UUCCACUGAUAUCGAUAUUUUAUACUUUGCUUCAAACGCACAAAUUGAAUUGUGAUCUAUUUAAUUUGUGUUAUUUUACAUUUACUAUUUUUAAAUUAUAAUUUUAAGAAAUGCAACUUGUUACGUUGGCAUAGUAACGCGAUGUUGAGAAGGUGUUAUCUACGGGCAAGGUUUUCACCUGUCUGCACGAGCCGGGUGCAGCAGAUUGCUUUAAGAAAUGUUAGCAAAAUGACUUCGGACCAGGUCAAGGUACAGGUACAACAAGGUGUUGUUGUUGGGCGGGAAAGUAUUCUACCGAAUGGUGAACCAUAUUAUAGCUUUCAGGGAGUACCAUAUGCAGUGCCUCCGCUCGGCAAUUUGCGCUUCAGGUCACCUGUGCCUUUGGAACGUUUUGAUACACCUCAACUAGAUUGUACACGCGAGAGAAAGCCAUGCCACCAACGAGAACCCCUGACAAAUGAUGUUGUGGGUUCGGAGAAUUGUUUGCAUCUCAAUGUAUAUGCUCCCGCAAAACGUACAGAGAAGCCACUACCAGUUAUGGUGUGGAUACAUGGUGGGGGGUUUUUCUUUGGUUCGAGCAAAAACACAUUGCCAUUAAGUUUAGUUAGUGAGGAUGUAAUUGUAGUCACACUAAAUUAUCGUUUAGGUGCAUGGGGAUUUUUGUGUCUGCCCGAGGAAGGGAUUUUCGGAAAUGCGGGUCUGAAGGAUCAGCGUCUAGCACUACAUUGGGUUCAUGAUAACAUCGCGUACUUUAAUGGCGAUCCCGAUAAUGUUACUUUGUUCGGAGAAAGCGCUGGCGCUGCAUGCGUUCAUUUGCACACAAUGGCUACUCACGCUCACACAUUAUUUCAUAAAGCGAUUAUGCAAAGUGGCACCGCUAAUAUGGAGUGGGUUUUCCAGCAAAAUCCAGCGCAAAAAGUGCGUCGAUUUUGUGAAUUGCUCGGCUGUCAAUCACGCAAUACACAAGAAAUGCUAAAUUUUUUACAAUCUAAGGAAAAAGUUACCGCAUUGGAUGUUCUUGUUAAUACAUUUCCCGUACUUUCACCUGAUGAACGUCGUCGUGGUCUACCAAUCACAUUUAGACCUGUCAUUGAGGAUUCAAGCAGUUCUGAUAAAUUCAUUAGCAUGCCAGUAAUGGAACGAAUGCGCCAAACAGACACUUUGGCAAUGCCAACUAUUAUGGGAUACAAUUCAGCUGAAGGCAUUUUAAUGCUGAUAAAUGCGGUACGUAAAAUCGAAGAAAUAAAUCAAGAUUUGACGCGCUUUGUGCCACGCAACAUACCUCUGCCUAUUGAUCACAAUGAAAUGCAUUCGUUGGCAGAAAAAUUACGCAACUUUUACUUUAAUGGCCACAAAAUUACACAUGAGAUGUUCGAUGCUAUGACAAACUUACUCACUGACUACCACUUCAUGGUGGACCUGCGAGUGGCUGUGAAGUUGCAGUUGCAAUAUCAGCCACGCGCACCCAUCUACUUCUAUCGGUAUGACUAUUGUGGCGGACGGGAUCUAUAUAAGCGGUUUUUCCGUUUAGAACACAUACCUGGCGCGUGCCAUGCCGACGAAUUACAUUACCUUUUUCAAGCACCUGGUGUAAAUCCCAGGAAAUUUGAAGAAAGCGAUAGGUUAAAUGUUGAACGCCUUAGCGCAAUGUGGGCUAACUUUGCUCGCCAUGGUGACCCUACUCCACCAGAAAGCGUGGUUGCGAAAGAAUUGGGCUUUACUUGGACACCGGUAAGAAAAACUGAUGGGGAGGACUUUGGUUUGGACUGCUUAACUAUUAACCGAGAUUGUAGGAUGCAACGUGACCCCGACAGGGAUCGUGUGGAAUUCUGGGAGGAAAUAUAUCGCAAUUACCCACCGUUGGAUUAUUCACGCCUUAGUGCAAAGUACAACAGAUAUUCCUUUGUGCAAAAGAUGUUUCAGUUGUCUUUUUUACAUAGACGUUGUAGUUUUUUAAGAUUCUAUAGCGAAAAACCUUUCAAACGAAUCAUAAGAUCAGUGCGUCAAGGUGUUAUUGCCGGACGAGAGGAUCACUUAUCAAAUGGGAUGCCAUAUUAUUAUUUUCGAGGAGUGCCCUAUGCAGUUCCGCCACUUCGAGAAUUGCGUUUCAAGUCGCCUGUUUCGUUGGAAUGCUUCGAUCGUCCCUUGCUAGAUUGUACGCACUUCAGAGAUCCAUGUCCACAACGUGAAGCAAUAACAAACAACAUUUUGGGUACGGAGGACUGUCUGCAUCUCAAUAUUUAUGCCCCAGCAAAAUGCACCGCGAAGCCACUGCCAGUUAUGGUCUGGAUACAUGGCGGUGGAUUUACUGCAGAUACUGGCAAUAAGUAUCUACCGCUGAGCCUUUUGGAGGAAGGUGUGAUUGUGGUUACAUUAAACUAUCGUUUAGGCGCUUGGGGUUUUCUAUGCUUGCCUGAGGCAGGUAUUUGGGGAAACGCUGGUCUCAAAGAUCAGCGACUUGCACUGCAGUGGGUUCAUGAGAACAUCGAAAACUUCAACGGUGACCCUAAUAACGUUACAUUGUUCGGAGAAAGCGCUGGCGCAGUAUGCGUGCAAAUGCAUAUGUUAACUUCACAAGCAAGUAAAUUCUUUCAUAAAGCCAUAAUGCAAAGUGGUUCCGCUAAUAUAGAGUGGUCAUUUCAACGCAAACCGAAGGCGAAAGUGCGUCACCUAUGUGAACUGCUCGGUUGUAAGUCGAAAGACCCGAAUUCAAUGCUCGAAUAUUUGCAGUCACCCGAAAAGGUAACUCCUGAGGCAGUUUUGAGCAUGUCAUUAUCUUUACUCUUACCCGAUGAACGACGUCGUGGACCGCCUUUCCCGCUACGGCCUGUACUCGAAGAUUCGAGCAGCCCAGACGCCUUCAUUAGUACUCCGGUACUAGAGUUAAUGCGCCAGAGAGACACUCUUACUAUACCUACCAUGAUUGGCUACAACUCCGGAGAAGGUCUUACACUUUUAAAGCAUUCGAUGAAACAAAUGAAGAAAGUUGAUGAAGAUCUUCAGCGCUUUGUUCCUCGUAACAUCUCACUGUCUGCCGAACAACCGGAAAUGAAAGUGUUGACACAAAAAGUUCGUGAAUUCUAUUUUGGAGGGCGUAAAAUUACACCAGAGCACCUUCAAAGCCUAUGUAAUUUAGUAACAGACUAUCAUUUCCUCAUCGAUAUACACUUAGCGACAGAAUUACAAGCGAUACAUCAACCGCGUGCUCCACUCUACGCCUAUCGCUUUGAUUAUACGGGCGGACGUGACUUUUACAAGCGAUUUUUUGCAUUUGAGCAUCUAGAUGGUGCCUGUCACGCAGAUGAACUUCAUUAUCUUUUCCAACUGCAGAAUGAUGAUCUGAACACACUUGAAGAAUAUGACGCACAAAUCACCAAACGACUAAGUGCAAUAUGGGCAAACUUUGCGCGUCAUGGUGAACCAACUCCUCAAAAUAGUAACGUAGCAAAAGAGCUCGGAUUUACAUGGACUCCUGUUAGGGAUGCGUCGGAGGGAGAUCAUUCUAAAUUAGACUAUUUUAUUAUUGAUCGGAAAUGUAGCAUGCGCCAAGAUCCUGACAAAGAUCGCAUGGAAUUCUGGGAUGAAAUAUAUCGAACAUAUCCUCCAUUAGACUAUUCAAAACUAAAUGGAACUAUCUAAAAUUUGUUUAUUAUUUAUUGGAUUAAAUUGUCUAAAGUUUAAAUUUUUUUUAUAACGCUAGCCAAUUUUUGGGACUUAAAACUAAAGCAUUAACAAACAAGUUGUAAAAAAUAUUAUUAAUAUGAGAGAAUUCAAUGGAAACCACUCGGAAAUAUAAUUUAGAUAACAUGAACAU